AUGCUCUUAACAAGCAUUAAUGGACUCAUGCAGUAUGAUUUUAAUCGUAUAAAUCAAGGUGAAUUAUAUCCAACAUUUGUACCUUAUGUUAAUAAUACUGAAGUAGAUUCAAUCUUUAUUGCUUUUCAGGCUAUGCAUUAUGCCAUAGCUCAAUUUACUCAAUCUAUGCUAACAUUAGAUUAUACAGUUCAUACUAUUUUUGAAUUACAAACAACACAUUUUUAUCGAUAG